UCUGCUUGAGCGCUCUAUCUGUCCAGUUUGUCUCACAAGUUCCGGCAAAUCCGGCAGUUCCGGUCGAUCGAAGAGGGCACUUCGGCAAAGAUGGCGACCUCGAGGCUGCUCAAGGGUACCGCUAUUCUGCUGCAAAAUGCGGCCAGGAAGUCGUGCGUUCCUCACCGCCACAUGCACCACCUGGCGGCCACCAGCUUUAGUCAGACGCUGGUGAACGUGCCGGAGACCGUGACCACCACCCUGGACAAUGGCCUGCGGGUGGCCACCGAGGACUCCGGCAACCCUACGUGCACGGUGGGCGUCUGGAUCGACGCGGGCAGCCGGUACGAAAACGAGAGGAACAACGGUGUCGCCCACUUCCUCGAGCACAUGGCCUUCAAGGGCACAUCCAAGAGGUCACAGGUUGACCUUGAGCUGGAAGUGGAGAACAUGGGGGCCCACCUGAACGCGUACACGUCACGUGAGCAGACCGUCUACUAUGCCAAGUGCCUCUCCAAGGACCUUCCAAAGGCUGUGGAGAUCCUGGCAGACAUCCUGCAGAACAGCAAGUUUGGUGAGGCCGAGAUCGAGCGCGAGCGCGGGGUGAUCCUGCGAGAGAUGCAGGAGGUGGAGACCAACCUCCAGGAGGUGGUCUUCGACCACCUGCACUCGGUAGCCUACCAGGGCACCUCCCUCGGCCUGACCAUCCUCGGACCCACCGAGAACAUCAAGAGCAUCCAGAGGCAAGACCUGGUUGAUUACAUCUCUCUUCACUACAAGGGACCGCGCAUCGUCCUUGCGGGAGCUGGAGGCGUGAAGCACGACGAACUGGUCAAACUGGCCCAGCAGCACUUUGGUUCGGUCAGGACCGACUACGAUGCCAAGGUGCCUCCCGUGGAGCUUCCCUGCCGCUUCACCGGCAGUGAGGUUCGGGUGCGCGACGAUGACAUGCCGUACGCACACGUGGCCAUCGCCGUGGAAAGCUGCGGCUGGGCCGACCCAGACAACAUCCCCCUCAUGGUGGCCAACACGCUCAUCGGCAACUGGGACCGGUCGCACGGUGGCGGCACCAACGUGUCGAGCCGCCUGGCCGCGGAGUGCGCCGCGGAUCCCGACAACCCGUGUCAUAGCUUCCAGUCGUUCAACACCUGUUACAAGGACACGGGUCUCUGGGGUAUCUACUUCGUGUCUGAAGGUCGGGAGGAGAUGGACUUCUUCGUGCAUGCCGUUCAGAGGGAAUGGAUGCGGAUCUGCAUGAGUGCCACCGAGGGCGAAGUCACGCGGGCCAAGAACCUGCUAAAGACCAACAUGUUGCUGCAGCUGGACGGCACGACGCCCAUCUGCGAAGACAUUGGCCGACAAAUGCUCUGUUAUGGACGGCGCAUUCCCCUGCCUGAGCUGGAAGCAAGGAUCGACGCGGUCUCGGCACAGACGGUGCGGGAUGUCUGCACAAAAUACCUAUACGACCGUUGCCCUGCUGUUGCCGGCGUCGGUCCCGUUGAGGCGCUGACGGACUACAACCAACUGAGGAGCAACAUGUACCGCAUCCGGUACUAAAUUGUUCUGCAACUGCACAGUUCUCUUGCCGACUCUUGUAUAGUAGCGUUUGGUGUUUCGCCAUCAAUAAAGUUGUUCCUCGGCCC